GAUCGAUAGUAUUUUAUCCAACAGAUGUCAUUAGUGUUGUAAACACAUGUCCGUUGUAUUUGCGGUUUGUUGAAACAUAACCUAUGAAAUGAGAAACGUUUGGAGACGCUAAAUAUUAUUUGAAUAGUUUGUUAAUCUAAUCGAAAGGAAUUCAAAAUGAGUAAAUACAGAAGACAAGAAACCUCAAGCGAGGAUAGCGAUAGUGAGGAAGAAAGGCGUAAAAAAGAUAUAAAAGAGAGAGAUGAAUUUGCAAACCGUCUUAAAGCUAAGGAUGACAGUAAGACACGUAAAGUUGCUAUGCCUGCUGGCUCUGGAGCAGCUGAAGCAGCAAAAAGACUUAAAUUAAUGGAAAACGAUGCUAGAGAAAAGCUAGUUCCAAAACUGAGAGUGGAAUCUCGCAGAAAAUAUUUAGAAAAACGUAAAGAGGAUAAGGUGGCAGAAUUAGAAGCAGAUAUUAUCGAUGAUGAAUAUCUAUUUGAAGAAGAAAUUUUGACAGAACGUGAAAAGCGUGAAAGAGCUCAUAAGAAACAAUUAUUACAAUUGGCAAAAGAACAUGAAAAGGCAAGGGAACUUGAAAGAGUACAAAGGUAUCAUAUGCCUUUGGAAAAAAAGAAAUUGGAAGCUGAGACAGAACCACCCGAUACAGAACCACCGCAAUCUGAACAAAGUAAAUGGGAGUCUGAUCAGAUGUCAUCUGCUGUAUUUAGAUUUGGAGCAAAGGAUAGAAAAGGUAUAAUAAUAAUUAUCCUAAUUCACUACCUUUAUGAUUCAUUAAUAUGCAAUCAAAUAACAGCACAACAGGAUUAUGAUCUUUUACUGGAGGAUGAAAUAGAAUUUAUUCAGGCACUGCGUAUGCCUGGAAGUGAAAAAAGUACAAAACGUGAACCAAGUCCUUCUCCACAGGCAAAAAUUUUGCAAACCAUACAAGAAACAAAAAAGAGCUUACCAAUAUAUCCUUUUAAGAAUGAUCUUAUUCAAGCUAUUAAAGAACAUCAGAUUCUGAUCAUAGAAGGUGAAACAGGUUCAGGAAAGACUACACAAAUUCCUCAGUAUUUAUACGAAUCGGGCUUUGCAGUGAACGAUAAAAUUAUUGGUUGCAGCGAGCCUCGCCGAGUAGCAGCAAUGUCUGUAGCUGCUAGAGUAGCUCAUGAAAUGGCUGUAAAACUUGGAAACGAAGUUGGUUAUGCGAUUCGUUUCGAAGAUUGUACGUCUCAUCGUACGCGUAUAAAAUAUAUGACUGACGGUACAUUGCAUCGUGAAUUUCUUAGUCAGCCUGAUUUAGCGUCGUACAGCGUAAUGAUAAUUGACGAAGCUCAUGAGCGCACAUUACAUACCGAUAUUUUAUUUGGUUUGGUCAAGGACAUUACAAGAUUCCGUUCAGACUUGAAACUGUUAAUUUCUUCGGCAACAUUAGAUGCGACAAAAUUUAGCGAAUUUUUCGACGAUGCUCCAAUUUUUCGUAUACCUGGUCGUCGUUUCCCUGUAGAUAUAUAUUAUACAAAAGCGCCUGAAGCGGACUAUAUCGACGCAUGUGUAGUCUCUAUUCUUCAAAUUCAUGCGACACAACCGCCAGGAGAUGUGCUAGUAUUUCUAACUGGUCAGGACGAGAUUGAGACGUGUCAAGAGAUGUUACAAGAGAGAGUAAGAAGGCUGGGAAGUAAGUUGGCUGAACUUUUGAUAUUGCCUGUUUAUGCAAACUUGCCGAGUGAUAUGCAAGCUAAAAUAUUUCAACCUACUCCACCUGGCGCUAGAAAGGUUGUCCUGGCUACUAACAUUGCAGAGACGUCUUUAACGAUCGAUAAUAUCGUUUACGUGAUAGAUCCUGGAUUUGCGAAACAGAAUAAUUUUAAUUCGCGAACAGGAAUGGAAAGUCUGAUGGUUGUCCCGAUUAGCAAAGCUUCCGCAAUGCAGCGAGCUGGUCGCGCUGGCAGAGUAGCGCCUGGUAAAUGUUUCAGACUUUACACAGCAUGGGCAUAUCAACACGAGUUGGAAGAUAAUACUGUACCUGAAAUACAAAGGAUAAAUCUUGGUAAUGCAGUGCUCACUUUGAAAGCUCUAGGUAUUAACGAUUUAGUUCACUUUGAUUUUCUCGAUCCACCACCUCAUGAAACAUUAGUGUUAGCUUUAGAGCAGCUUUACGCUUUGGGUGCCCUUAAUCAUCGCGGCGAAUUAACUAAACUCGGUCGACGAAUGGCAGAAUUUCCACUUGAUCCAAUGAUGGCAAAAAUGUUGUUAGCUAGCGAACGUUAUCGUUGCUCUGAAGAAGUGGCCACCAUAGCUGCUAUGCUUUCUGUAAACGGAGCAAUCUUCUAUAGACCCAAAGAUAAAAUUAUACAUGCUGAUACAGCUCGAAAAAAUUUUCACGUUCCUGGUGGAGAUCAUCUUACUCUUCUUAAUGUUUAUAAUCAGUGGCAACAAAGUGAUUUUAGUACUCAUUGGUGUUACGAAAAUUUCAUUCAGCAUAGAUCGAUGAAACGAGCCAGAGAUGUUAGGGAACAAUUAAUCGGCUUGAUGCAACGUGUCGAAAUGGAACUUGUCUCGGGUAUUACAGAAACAGUUAAUAUUCGGAAAGCAAUUACGGCAGGUUAUUUCUAUCACGUAGCUCGUUUGUCAAAGGGAGGCCAUUAUAAAACAGCAAAACACAAUCAAACGGUGUCGAUUCAUCCGAAUAGUUCUCUAUUUCAAGAACUUCCACGAUGGUUGCUUUAUCACGAAUUAGUAUUUACGACGAAAGAAUUCAUGCGACAGGUUACCGAAAUAGAAAGCAAAUGGUUGUUGGAAGUUGCACCACAUUAUUACAAACCCAAAGAACUUGAAGACUCGACGAAUAAAAAAAUGCCUAAAGUUGCAGGCAGAGCACGGCCAGAUGGAACCAACUGAGUAACACUAGUUAAAAUACUUUUUGUACAGAUGAAACUUUUAUAUUGCAGAAAAUAAAACCACAAUCCUUCAUGA